AUGGAUGAAGAAGAACACGAAGAAAAUGUGGAAAAAAUAUUGGAAGACGAAAAUGUUCAAACAAAUGAUACUGAGCAAGAAUAUGAUGAGGAUUUUUUCGAAAUGGAACAAUCUUUCGAAGAAGAGGAAGAAGAAAAGGAAAAGGAAGAAUCUUACGAGGACAGAGACUCGGAAGAAGUAGAAGCGAAAUUGUCCUUUCGAGAUUGGGAAAAGGAGGCGAAAAGGAAAAUUCGUAUAGAAAUGGAGGAUCCGACGGAAAAACGGAGAACUCUCUACGAUCUCGCUGCCGCUGUACCGUCAAUGACCGACAUUUGGAAAUUUGACACAACGCAGAUAGCCGAAGAACCGCAGAAAAAACUUCGAUAUUCCAUAUCAAUGGAAAUGCCGGGAAUAGUAAGAAUCGAUUUGUCGCCGCUGACGCAGAAGAUCGUCGGCUGUGUCAUUGGCGAGAAUGUCACUACGGAAUAUCCAUGGGUAUAUGUUAGAAAGGAUAUCAUCGAGGAUAAUAUAGAUCUGCAUUCCGAGAGCAGUGACUUCCUGCCUGUAAAGGACGAGAUUCAAGAAUAUCCUAACGAACAGAUUCUCAUCGGUUAUGCACCGUCCGUUUCCGAAGACGCCCAGUUUUACAUUGUUCUCACGAAAGAAAGUAAAGAUGCAAUAAUUGACUUUAUACAAACUCAAAGAGAGGAUCACGAGAAUCGCGUGAGAUAUGCAAUCUACAAACCUCCCGGCCAAUGGUUGGAUUUAGGAAGCGGUGCCGAAAUCGACAUCAAUGUCGUCAAAAAUACGAGACCGCUAUUCGAGAUCGAGGUGACGUCUGCAGGUGAUUUGCUGAACAUGCCGAUAAAUCUGAUGGACAGGAAGGCGGACGAUCAGAAAGAUGGAUAUAUCGAAUUGCUACCGUAUAGGCAAAUAUUCGAGAAUAUAUGGCGUAAAUUGGUAAGCAGAGCCACGCAAAUAAUGCCAAUCGUACAGCACAACGAGGCGCAAACGACGCCAUCGAUACCCGUCAAUUCCUGGUACCAAUAUCUGUACAAAUAUAAGACAAUCGAUUUGUCUACCUACACCGAAGACAAGAUAGACUCCUUCAAGGAUUUUCUGAAACGUUAUACCAGUGAUAUGUGCGAUCAACUUUUAAUGAAUUCCACGUGGGAUAUAUAUACAAACGAUUAUGUAAAUUUGGUGCGUUAUGAGAAGGAUACACAGGCACCGGUGCCGAUAGGUUACGAAGAACAGCAGAGCUACUAUAACGGAAAAAUCAUCUUGGAUAAAGUUAUCAACGAUUUCUGCUGGCAUCCUUUUUGGACCGGAACGGCGGUAGCUACUUAUACACAACAUGCUAAGGGCGAACAUCUGAUCGGUCCCAAAACUUAUGACGAGGUAUUUUUAGCUUCCGAAGCCAAUAAUCGAGUACUAAUAUGGUCCUUCACUGACUGUUUGUUGCCUAAACUGAUCCUUGAAUGUCCGCGGGAAGUAACAUCUAUUGGUGUUUGCCCUCUCGAUGCUAGCAUCAUUGUAGGCGGUUGUGAAAACGGCCAGAUCGCCAUCUGGCACAUUCCUGGCAAAAUCGAGCAGGUGGAGUCGGUUGUAGCGCAGACGGGCGCCCAAGUGAAGUACAGCAUCGCGAUGAGGGGCCUGAUGACGUGGAUGCGUGAGACGGUAACGUCGCUGAUCAGUCCAAUAGCGAUGUCCUCGCUCAAACACAGCCAGAAGGGGCGUAUCACCCAGAUAAAUUGGAUGCCCUCGUAUCAUAAGAUCGAUACGAACGGUCGAAUCUCGUCCUUGCCAGACGACACGUCUUUGGACGACCUGAGUUGUCAGUGCGUAACCGCCAGCGAGGAUGGCACGAUCGCCUUCUGGGAUCUUAAGUAAAACACAAUGCCCUAUAAAAGAUGGCGACCUAUGGAAAAGGACAUUCGACAAAUUCGUAGCAGACGAAAGAAAAAGGUACAACCAGAUAUCCAAAAAUCCGAGUCGCCCUUUAAGAUUUUCAAUCGCAUCUUGAAGCCCGUUUACAUGCUCGUGAUUCAAUAUCCGGAUGAGAACCGGCAGCUUGUGAUAACGACGCUCAGCCUGUACAAUCCGAAGUUUCACAAGGACCAAGUCGAGCCAUUCCCGGUGAGAGACGACAUCACAAUUAGAAAGUACUAUAGACCCAUAAUCGAGAAGCCGGACUAUGUCAUGGAGCCAGAGAUGCUCGUCGGAACCGUCGAAGGUGAUUUCGGUUGCAUAACAUGGAGCGGCUACGAAUUCGCCACCGACGCGAGUGUGAAUCGCGAAACGGUACGAUGGCUCUGGAUAAAAAGGACGCACGACGGGCCGGUGACGCACUCGGUUAGAUCCAAUUAUUACCAUCAUGUGGUAGUCACGAUAGGCGGCAAGAUCUUCGCCAUAUGGUGGGACGAUUUCAGCGAGCCGCUCAUUUGGAAGAAGUCCAAGGUCAGAUACACGGCGUGUUCUUGGGGAAUUUUGCGUCCAACCAUUUUGAUUCUGGGAAGAAUGGAUGGAACCAUAGAAAUGUGGGAUUUCAUAGUCAAGAGUCAUAAGCCGAGUUUCGAGCAAAGUUUAUCCGGACGGAUAAUUACAGGCAUCUAUACGCACGAGCUGCCGCUCGAGCCACAAUGUGUUGGAUUUUGCGAUUUCAAUGGUUCUUUAAGAAUGUUCGCGGCACCGCGUGUCUUAUUGACGUACGACGUAAGCGACGUCGAGUGGUUGAAAAAAUUCAUCGAUCGACAGGUUCAAAGGAUAAGCGAGUUUAAAGCCUGGCAGGAAACGUGGCGGCAAACAAAUCCUGAGAAGAUGAAGAAAAAGAUGGGCGAAAUAGCGGAGCUGAAAAAACGUUCGGAGGCCGAGGAACGGAUUAAAAUCGACACGUUCGAACCAAUGGUUCACGAACCUACACCUACAAAGAUCACACACCGGAAACCCUGGCAAUUCAUCGAAGAAGCCAAGGAACGCUGGUUGUCAAUAGAAGUAAAGCGCAUGCAACGACUAAUCCUGGAGAAAAAAGGACUAAGGAAGGACGUCCUCGAGAGACAGCGCGCCCCCCUUCUUAGAUUGCGGCAGGAGGAGAGGACAAAGAAGCGCAAGAUACGCGAGAUUCUGAACCUACAGGACAGAAUCUUUGAGGAAGCUGUCGUAUUUCUCUUCCCGGAGCAGGAGCGCAAAGAAACUUUGUUGCCCCCUUUGCCAGUUUCUGCGAUCGAUAGACGCUUAAUGAUCGACGAGUUCAUUAAGGAAACCACUUUUCGAAAAGAAGACGUUUUUAUCGAUCCGGAGGAAGAAAUUAUAUACAAUUUUCUGGAAGUGCAAGCUGAGGCCCUGGCUAAAUUAGAGAGCACGCCUUUCGAACGCACGUUCGACUGGGGCAAAAUACUCGCGCGAGGAAAGUCGAAGAGAAGAUCGAUGGACAUCAAACUCAAGAAGUUAAACAAGCUGAAGAAGACGGCAAAGUAGUAGAUGCUGUGAACGAUGCAUCACGACUUACCUGCAACGCAAUACAAGAGGUACGCAUUAAAGAUUUGUCUGAAAAUGCAGCACAGAAGAUUAAUUUAAUAUAUGAGACACAGUAAUUUCUGUAUUAACUUGGUUUUUAGUUAUUUAGUCG